AGUGAAAUAGACAACAAAAAGAACUACCGUACGCGAAAUUUCCUCACACACUGACAAACAGACGGAAAGAGAGAAUCUUGUCCAAAAGCAAAACUAACAGUACUGGCUUGGAUUCAAAUCGAGCUUUGAAAAUUCAUUCAUGCUAUAAAUAACAAAUCAAGAAAAAACAAGAGCUUAGAAGAGAUUAGAGAGAGUUAUUAUUACCAUUAUCAUGAGUAGCGAAAAGGUUCUCUCUUCAGCUUCAGCCUCGGCCUCUGCUCCUUUGGCUUCUCCUCACGCUGAGCUUUGCAGAGGCAUCAAUGGCCUCGACAAGGUCGUUCUCCGCGAUCCACGUGGAAGCUCCGCCGAGGUGUAUUUAUAUGGGGCUCAUGUGACAUCUUGGAAGAAUGACCAUGGGGAGGAGUUGCUUUUUGUCAGUAGUAAGGCUAUAUUUAAGCCUCCAAAAGCAAUACGUGGAGGAAUUCCAAUAUGCUUUCCUCAAUUUAGCAACAUUGGUUCUCUAGAGCAGCAUGGAUUUGCAAGAAACAGGUUGUGGGCAAUUGACGCCGACCCACCUCCUUUUUCAACUACUUCUUCCAGUAAGACUUUUGUUGAUUUAAUCCUUAAGCCCUCUGAAGAAGAUAUGAAGAUCUGGGCUCAUAGUUUUGAGUUUCGUCUGAGGGUAGCACUGGGCCCUGGAGGAGAUCUGCUGUUGACAUCUCGCAUCAGGAAUACCAGUGUUGAUGGAAAGCCAUUCUCAUUCACAUUUGCUUAUCACACCUAUUUCUCUGUUUCAGAUAUCAGUGAAGUUCGUGUAGAAGGACUGGAGACUUUGGAUUAUCUUGACAACUUGCAGAAUAGGGAGCGUUUUACUGAACAAGGGGAUGCUAUAACAUUUGAAUCAGAAGUGGACAAGAUAUAUCUUAGCACUCCUACAAAGAUUGCAAUUCUGGAUCAUGAAAAAAAGAGGACAUUUGUUCUACGCAAAGAUGGACUUCCAGAUGCUGUGGUUUGGAAUCCCUGGGAUAAGAAGGCAAAGGCUAUGGUUGAUUUUGGAGAUGAAGAGUACAAGCAUAUGCUGUGUGUGGAGGCUGCUGCUGUUGAGAAACCUAUCACACUGAAAGCUGGUGAGGAGUGGAAAGGAAGGCAGGAGCUUUCUGCUGUUCCUUCCAGUUACUGUAGUGGGCAACUUGAUCCUCAGAAGGUUCUCCACGGAAGCUGAAAGAUCCAUCAUUCUGGACCUUAUCCUGUACAGAAUUUCAUGAAGGAGUUGGUGAUAGAGACCUUGUUCUGCAGGUGUUUUGUUGCAAAAUGUAGAUGGGUCAUGACAGCAAAUUCUGUCCAGUAUUCUUAUUUGAAAUUUACUUUAGUAUUGGGUGGAAAGAAGGAUUUAUUAAUAGAUAUGACGUGUCAAAUAAUUUGUUGCUUUUAGUGAGGGACCGGGUUGGGACUUGGGAGGCACGUUGAAGAGCAACAAAGAAAGCAUAAACUGAAUGGGCACCACCACCAUCAUGGUUUCCUUUUAAUUGAAGCCAUUGGGUUCUGUUAUUCCUUGUAAUCUUUAUGAUGUUCUUGUGACAUAGUAAUUUUGGAUAGUCUUGAAUUUGUAUUUUAUGCUUGAUAUAAGAGAAUGAUGUUGAGAACUGCAUGAUAUGCUAUAUACAUGAUGCAUGCUUAGUUUUUGGAAAUUUGAUAA